GUAAAUUUUAACAAAAUUUCCUAACAAAACUGAAACAGAAAGUAGAUUAAAAGUAAUUAACAUAAUAUGUCUUUAAAGACAGAAAAAUAGACAGCAAAUACAAUAACAUUUUAACAACAAAUUAAUUUCAAGAAUGUCUCAAGAUCCUGAUUAUUACCGUACUGUAUCACUGAAACUGUCAGAGGUAUUCAAUGAUAUUGGUGUCAAUGAGAUAUUGAUUCUGAAGACGAGGAGGAUGUUCUUGUUGAUGGAAACUAUGAACACUAGUACAGCCAGAUUGCAGGGCAAGAACAUUUCCACCUUUCAUUUUGGUAGCCAGUCUGAAGGGUCUACAACAUUAGGACUUCAUUCAGACACUGAUACACUCAUUAGCCUCAAUGAGUUUAAUUUGAUACAGGACUGGAGUGAGUGGCAACCUGGCAGGAACAAUCUACUGAUGAUCCAGGAUGAGACCACAUCACCAGGUUACUGUCUACUACAAUGUCUGAGUAAGGAUGAGCCUCUUCCUCUUCCUACUGCUUUACUUGAUCAUUUACCUAACAGAGAGUUUACAGUAAGCAGAGGUAAAGUGCUGCUGAAGAACAGAUUAUUGAGAGAUACUGCAGCAGCAGGACAAGUAAUAAAUGGUCCUGCUGAAUCAUUACAAGGAAGGCCAGGUUAUUAUGAUGAAGAUUUUGUUCCAGCAUACCACUGUAAAUCAUGGCCUGUAGAAGCCCGGCCAUGGUUAUUACAACAAGGCAUAGGUAGAUGGCCUACGGAAGACAUGAAGAGAUAUUGUGAGACUACAGGAUGUUUUGCUGUACCAGUGAGCAGUAAAAAUGGCCGGAAUGAGGAACUUGAAUGGAGAAUAUCUACUUCCCAGGCUGAAAGAUGUCUCAUGUUCAGUUUAAACAUCACACAAUUAAGAUGUUACAUUCUGAUGAAGAUGAUUCUUAAAACAUUUAUAAAUCCUCAGUGUGAUGGUGUCCUUUCAAGUUUUAUGUGCAAAACUGUUUUAUUUCAUUGUAUACAGAAUACACAUUCAAAUAACUGGGUGAAAUCCAAUUUACUUGCAUGUUUGAUGUGCUGUCUUACAGUAUUACAGAACUUUGUUAGGAAAGAAAACUGUCCUCAUUUUGUAAUACCUGAAAACAACCUGAUGGCUGGAAGAAUUUCUCCUCAUAACAAACAUGAAAUUGUUGAAAUCCUUAAAAAUAUCUUACAAGGUGAAGGUCGUGCAUUGCUGGAGAUUCUCACUGAUAACCUUGGUAGGAGACUGCAGGUGAAAAUGAACAUGGGUGAAGCUUUACAGUAUUACCUAACGCCAGCCCAAAUAAAUGCCCACAUUUCAGCAGAGCAGCUACUUGAUAUUGCGAAUUCAGUAAGUAUCAAUCACAAGGGUCUUUUGGAAGAAAUACAGCAUAAUGGAAAUGCAAUGGUGCAUGUAAGAUUAUCAGACUAUAUGUUAACACUAACUAGAAUGUACAACAGAGAAAUGGGUUUAAAUAGUUUGAGAAAAUCUGCAGUAAGGCUUCUAGCACCUCUGCUUUCAUCUUCCCUAGGAUCUGUGAUAGCAUCUCACAACAUUUACACUACUCGCAGUAUAUCUCCAGAAGCCCUCGACUUGUUUUCAGUUGGUUUGAACUCAGACGUGGCAUCUGGUAGAUUGAAACUUGCAUCAGCAUUAUACUGUGUAGGAGAUAUGGAAAGAGCAGAGUUUGUUCUGAGGAAUACUGAGGAAAAGUAUGAUCUGAAUACUGUUGAACCUGAAUGUACAUGUUAUGAGCAUCCCAAGUAUUACCUAAGGCAAGGAUUUAAGCAUAAAUGUAACACUGGAAAUGAAGAAGUGAUACAACAUACUACAGCAUUUUGUGUUAGAUUUCUGCAGUGCGAAAUUUGCUGUGUUCCUGAAGAGCUACAGUAUGAAAUGUUUAGGUCUACACAAGAGGAAAGGCUUGAAAGGAAUGAAAUGGUUGACUACUGGCUGGACUGGGCAGUCGUAGAUUCUCUCCCUUACCUGUACUUUCUACAGUACAAGACUUACGGCUCAUUUCAGAGAGUGGCAGACCAACAAUGUGCUCUUGCAAAUCUUGUCACUACCAUUGAAACAGAACAAAACCUAGGUCACAAGGAAACAGCACUGAACUUACUAGGACAGUGUAUGGAACAGGAAAACCGUCAUGCUGAUGCUUUACGAUGCUAUAUGAUAUCUCUGAAUAUCAGAGCAAGAAACAAUGCUGCAAACUUUCUUAUCUGUAGACUUCUUUAUGAAGUAGUCAACAUGCAGGGACCUGCACUGAACUGAAAUGAACCGGGUAUUGCAUGCAACGUGCUUAUCUGCAUAAAGAUACAGUAUGUUGCUAUAAAAACACUCUAUAAAAUAAUCUGUUAUUCAUACAGUCAAGUAAUAUACAAGCAUUGUAAAGGACUUAAUGUCUAAGGUAGUUCUGCAUGCUCUGAUUGAAAUUUUUUCUGCAAUGUAGAAUUUGAUUAAACUUGGGAGUUUUUAAAACUUCAGAAUAUAUUUAGGAAAUUCAGCAAAUAAAAAAGAUGGGAUUGUGUGCUUGAUCUUUUGCUACUGAUUUGAAAAUUUUUGACCUCAUGCAAUUUUUCUUAAUGGAAGUCUAUUGGAAAAUCACAACUUUCAUAACAUUUUCCCGAACAGAAAUUUUUCUACAAUGUAGAUUUUAAUGAAACUUCUAACACUUGUAAAUAAACACAUGACCAAAAAAGUGGUGAAAUAAAAUGUAUAGGUCCGUGUGCUUAUUUUAGCGAUAUCUGACCAUGACUAAAGUGAACCGCACAUUUCAUGCAAAUUUUAAGACAUUAUUUUGGUUUAUACAUAACUUAUUUUAGGUUGAUUGUGAAGGAAUAUUAUUCACUCUCAACACCUCAUUCCUGAUGGAAUCCAUCUCAGUGAGGGUAUGAGAGAAGCGAUCAGUUCCCCUUUUAAUGCUGAGCCCCAAGUAAGGAAGCUACUGGUACCAUUUUUCACAUCUUUGGUAUGACGUGGCGGGAAAUCAAACAAAAGACCUCCCGCACUCGAAGCAGACGCUCUUCCACUAAGCUAUUGAGGCAUUUGUGAAUUAUUUAAUGUGUCAGAUGUUUUAAUAUCCUACUCUUUAAAAAGACAGUAACAGUGCCAUUGUAAUCAAUUUUCUCACAGGUUUCCAUUAAUCAAUAAAAAUUGAGCUGCACCAUGAGAAAACCAACAUAAUGCAUUUGCGACCAGCAUCCGUGCAGUCUGGUCAGGAUCCAUACUGUUCACUAACGGUUUCUCUAAUUGAAAUAGGGUUUGAAAGCAAACGGUAUGGAUCUUUACCAGACUGCAUGAAUGUGUAGGCUGGUCUGGAUCCAUGCUAUUCAAAUGCACUAUGCUGAUUUUCUCAUGGUGCAGCUCAUUAAUGAUUUUCAUUUUGGUAUGCCGAAUCCAGCCUUUAUUCUACGUUCUCCAGACAAAUGACAUUACACCAUCAGUUACGGUUUAUCAAACAUACAGAUCUACCUAAGGUCAAUCAUGAAAAAAAGUUGUGUGUUGAAAUGUACACCAUUCACAAACAAAAGCUGUCUAAUGACAGUGUGCUUGCCUAUUUGAGACCCUUCCACAUAACACUUGCUUACAAACAACAGCUUUAUCAAUUUUCAGAUGAAGGUCAUAAAUGUGGGUUAAGGUCAUU